UUUCAUGUGACUGUGCGCAAAUGUUGUAGUUAAAAUGAUACGAAUUGUUAUUAUCUUACAACUAGCUCUUUUAGUGAUAAGUAAAGAUUUCGUACAUUCAAACACCAGCGAUAUUGAUAGUGAAAAUAGUCCGGAUACCUUUAUAAAAAUACCACUGACCAAACUGAAUCCAUACAAAGAUAGUUCAAACAAUUUAAAACGUAAACGUCGAUCAAUUUUCCAACAUUAUAACUUAUUGGAUAAUACACUUUAUUCCGAUAUCAAGAGAAUUAGUAACGAUUUAUUUGGUUCAUUUUAUGAUGAUUAUCUGGAUCCGUCCAAAAUGAUGAAAAAGCUUCUAAAAGAUCUUAAAAUGGGAUUAUCUCAGUAUCCAAAACCAAAAUAUUCAUUUCCUUUUGACGAUCAAUCGAAUGAAGUAAAUCCACCAAAUAUUAUAGACGACGCUUCAGGCGGCGAUGAAAGUUCAAUUUAUUUAAAAAAUUAUAAUGAUGCUUCAUAUGCCGGCUCAAUACAGAUCGGUAACCCGCCACAGGAAUUUUCUGUGAUUUUUGAUACGGGAUCAUCAGAUAUAUGGGUACCUUCGUCCAAAUGUAGCAAACAUAAUAUCGCAUGUCAAAAGCACAAACGAUAUGAUUCAUCAAAAUCCAACAGUUUUAGAAAGGCAAACCAACGAUUCGAUAUAACCUAUGGCACAGGUGCAGUCAAAGGUUUCACCUCGGUCGAUUCAGUUAGAGUUGGCAAUUUGGAAAUAAAAAAUCAGAUUUUCGGUGAAGUGACUAAAGAAAUUGGUUCAACAUUUGUAAAUGUUAAAUUUGAUGGAAUUUUUGGAUUGGGAUUUCCAUCAAUAUCUGUUUCCGAUAAAGUUUCGCCACUCGUUCGAAUGCAACAACAAGGCGUUAUAAAGCGCAGAAUGUUUUGUUUUAUUUUACACCAUACAGAUGAAAAAAAAUCACCCUACGGAAAUUAUUACAUUGGUGGAGAAUUGCAUAUUGGAGGCUGUGAAUAUAAACCAGUUCUCUAUGUUCCGUUAACUAAACUGGGAUAUUGGCAAUUCUUAAUGUCAUCCGUCAUUGUUAAAAAACCAAGUGGUUCUCGAUUUUACGCCUGUGACGGUGGCUGUCAAGCAAUUAUGGAUAGCGGUACCAGUCUGAUCACAGGGCCUGCCUCAGAAGUUGAUGUAAUUAACGAAAUUUUGGGUGCAAAGAAAAAUCACAACACAGGCGAAUACCAUAUUGAUUGUCGAAUGACAAGAAAUAUUAAUGCAAGACCAAAAAUAACAUUCAUCAUUGGGGGUGAAGAGUUUACACUAACCGCAAAGGACUAUAUACUACAAAUUGAGGACGAUUUGUGUUUAUCUGGGUUUAUGUCACUAUCCACAACGCAUGGUUCAACCGAAUGGAUUAUUGGGGACACAUUUAUGAGGAGAGUAGUUACCGUGUUCGACAUGGAUAAACAUCGUUUGGGCAUCGCACCAAAACCACAAUAAAUUUAAAUUUCAAAAUAUGUAUUAUUAUUUUUUUUUGUUAGAACACAUUUUAGUGAAUUAGAUUAGAUACAAUUAUAUUUUUUUUGUUGCAAAUUCAA